CCCGCGCCGCGCGCCGCCAGACGCGACGCUCCGCCCUCCCGUUAGGCCGUUAGGGCCGCCUCGCCUCUCCCCGCCGCGUCCUCCGUCCACCGCCUCCUCCUACACAGCACAGCCGCCGCCGCCACCACCACCACCACGCCUGCUGCUCAGUUCGUCGUCGAGGACUACCUCGCCAACAGCUGCGGCCUGACGCCAAAAGCUCUUAAGGCGAAGGGCUUGGAGAAAGAUGUUGACUUUUUCAUGGCAGUUUGUCCAGCUGAGAAAAAAUUCAUCAAGAGGCUUCUUGAUCCUUACAAGGAGAGUGUUCCAGGGCUUGCAGAUGCUUAUGCUGCUGCUUGUGAAGGCCAUGUUCCUCCUGAAAUCCAACCGUGACAACACAAACUGUUCACGUCUGUAGCCAAUUUCAUUCCGACAAGGCGAAAAUGCUGAGCUGCAAGCUAGAAUUCUAUGAACUGGAUCGAUUCCCCACCAUUGGGUCUUCAAACAAAUGACCUAGAUAUUUCUGUAGAGCACCUGAUUAUGGUGAAACAACUUGUGCCACUGUAUGAAGAGCAGCUGCUACAAUGGGAUACGGAACACUCACUAUUCGCGGUACCAUUUUUGUUCCAUGAGGAGAUUGCGACCAAAUUGCAAGAGCAUAAUCAGGUCAGAAGAGAGGAGACCAGCAACCAAAUUGCAAGAGCAGAAUCAGAUCAGAAGAGAUGAAAAUUUGUGCUACAGUACAGCAAUGCCGAGCACACUUUUGUCUGAAAUGGACGGAAUCCAGUGUGCUCGUCCCAGUCUGCAUAUCAAAUGCUCUUCCGGUUCCCUAAAGAAAGUCAUGACUCCACUGGAGGUGUUCUUCGUAUGGUUGAUUCAUCGCUGGUGAUGUUUUCCAUCAUCGCUUGUGGAGAGCAGGGGAAUGGCAUGCCACCACAAGGAAUGUCAGUUCUUUUAUCAAGCGCGGGACUUGGUUGUUCACCUCUUCUACAGCUGUGAUUUGUCUAGGGAUGUUUGGUGGAGCAUUCUCCCAUGGGUUGGACAUUGUUACGAUGGUGCCAGAGAAAAGCCCUGAACUCCUAAUCUUCAUGCACAUUCUCUAGACGCUGUGGAAGGAACGCAAUUCUUGGCUGUUCAGAAAUGAGCUUGUGCCGACUUCAGAAUGAGCUCCGGUGCAAAGCGAACGCAAGGUCUUUUCGGACUGCUUGUCUUAUCCAGGUCCCUAUCCAAUUUCAUUUGCUCAAGAACCUCAAGUGUGAAGACUCAAGAGCGAGGAACAACUUACAAUGCCUUGAUCUGCAAAGAGAUUAUCUCCCAGAAUCGUUUUUGAAACAUUGUUUCAGAAAAAGUCUGGUACGAAGGCAAGGAGUUAGCAUUUCGUUGUGAAUUUGUUCCUCUCCUUCCUUGGACCAAUUUUGCUGAUCACCAUUGGUAGUGGGCCGGCUGGCCCGCUAACGAAACCCCAAACACUCGCACCCCCCAACUUGUGCACACGAGCGGGCGGCGCGUCCGGCGGCUAAUGGCGACGCUGCGCGGCCUGCGCCUCCGAAGCCACCUCCUCUCCGCCGUCCGUACGCCCUCGCCUCUCCCGGCGGCCUCUUCGCUCCACCGCCUCCUCCUCCUCUCCACCGCGACCGCGUCCCCCGCUCCCUUUGUCGUCGAGGACUUCCUCGUCACCAGCUGCGGCCUUGUGCCCGCCCUAGCCCUCAGAGCCUCCAGACGCAUCGCCUAUCUCAAGUCCCCCUCGAAGCCCGAGGCUGUCCUCGCCUUCUUCGCCGACAGCGGCCUCGCCAAAGCCGCCGUCGCCGCUGCAGUAGCCAGGGAGCCACGUCUCCUCUGCUCUAAGUUGGAAAAAUCCUUGAAACCACGCCUUGCCCUGCUCCGCGACAUCGGCCUCUCCCCGCCCCAGAUCUCCAGUCUCAUUACCAUCGCCCCCGAUGUCUUUCUGUGUCCGACAAAGAUACCCCGCCUCGCGUUCUACCUCUCUUUCCUGGGCUCCUACGACAAGGUGUACACCGCCCUCAGGAGGAGCCCCUUACUCCUCGGCCAUGACCUGCAGAGUGUGGUCAAGCCCAACAUGGCGUUCCUGGGGCAGUGCGGCCUAACUGAGUCUGAUAUUGCCAAGUUCUUUUGUUCGUCCCCCUCGAGAAUGUUCAUAUUGGGGCCAGAGCGUCUCAAGGAAAUUGUGGUGUGCGUCGAUAAGCUUGGCGUGCCACGCUGUUCACCUAUGUUCAAGUAUGCUCUCAUUGCCAUCCACCAGAUCAGCCCUCGGAGGAUCGAUGCAAAGCUGGAUUUCUUGAAGAAGGCUCUUGGAUGCUCUGACACCGAGCUGGGCAUUGCAAUACGCAAGUUGCCUACCAUCUUGUCCGUGUCUGAGGUCAGGCUGAGCCGUGGGGUGGAAUUCCUUAAGAUGGAGGUCGGUCUGAAGGCUGAGUACAUCGUGCAUAGGCCAGCACUGUGCACCUAUAGCAUGAAGAGGCGGCUGAUACCCCGGCAUUAUGUCCUCCAGGUUCUGAAGGAGAAGGGCUUGAUGAAGAAAGAUCAUGACUUUUAUGCUGUGGUUUCUGUAAAUGAGAAGAAAUUUGUAAAGAGAUAUCUUGAUCCCUACAAGGAGAGUGCUCCAGGGCUUGCAGAUGCUUAUGCUGCUGCUUGUGCAGAUGCAGAGCAAGCUCCUUCCUAAUUCCAGCCAUUACAGCAUGAAAUGGAGAUGUUGAACUUCCUUCUGCCUCCCUUAUUGACAAGUUAACAUGCCAAAUUAUGUUUGCUUUAGUUGGGUUUCUGAUGAAUUGAUUACUUAGGCUGUCAUCAAGCAUGUUCCUUGAUAGUAUGGUUAAAUCAUUCUCAUUGCAGUUUAGUUUUCUAGUGAAUUGUAACUCAUGCCAUGACUAAGCAUGUACCUUGGUAGCAUCACAAGCGUUUGGAAGACCCAAAGUUUACACAGCUUACUCAUUCUGCAUGCUGCUUGUUUGGAUAAAGAGUUUUUCUCCUAUCUUGUUACAGGCAUGCUGCUAACUCUUUGUAUAGCUGGUGAAUCUUUACACUUGACAGAUGUCUUGCAUGUAGUUAUGAUUUUUGAAUUCCUUGUAAUAUAUCCUAUCAAUUUAGAGAUACUGGAGUGGACUCCUUGCUAAUGUUUUCACUCCUCGGUAGUAAUGCCCAAUACCAUAUGUUUUCUGCUUUCAAUACUUUGAUGGAAUAUAACUUUUUACCAUAAUUGGGAAUUGUGGUCAUCCUGUUUCUUGUAGCUGUUUUAGAACAACCUACACAUUCCUAUCAAGAAUGAAAGAUGUUUUGUCAUCUGGCACAGUGAAAUUAUAUUAACUGCCCCAGGUGUAUGCUUUGAAAUUCUUUUUCAUGCUGCUGCCUGUCUACCUUUUGAUUGAGCAAUUGCAUGAAGUACUUACUCUUCACUUAUUGGUAUGUUUAGUUUCAGCUAUGCAAUAGAAUCAGUACUUGGCACUGUUUAUAUAUUGUCUUUGAGAAGCUUCUAUGUGGUUGAUAGUCUGAUCACUAUGCUUGUCGUUUGUAAUGUGUACUACUAUUUUUUCUUCCUCGCCUCUUGCGUAGAGUAUGGAGAACUAACCACGACCAUAAUUGGAAGAGUGAACCUUGUGGGUCAUUGAACUAAAGCCAACUGAAGCAAGUCAAGUUCAACGCAAUCAAAUCAAAAUAGCAUAACAGAAAAAGGUUGAAGCAGCCAAUUGUUGCAAAAUGGUAAUACCAGGGCUACUUGGCUAGUUGUACCACACUGACACCAAUAGCAUUACCAAUUUACCAUUGAUCAAGAGUUGUUAUCAGUUUAUACAGUUCAGCAGUUUCUUCUAGUUGUGCCACACCUACACUGUAUUGGAGAAGCUUAUGCUUGUGUUGCUGGUCUGAUCAUUAAGCUCCUGCUCCAUAACAUUAAGAACUACCUGCUGGUUUGUUCUUUUUAGCAAAAACCUAAAGAAUUCUAAUA